AUGACUUCCCGAGAUGACGAUUGGUCGCACAUUACCGAUAUCAAUGAGCGGCGCAAGGCCCAGAACCGCAUCGCGCAGAGGAACUACCCACAGCAAAGAUGGACGGAAACUGGUAGCAACAGCGGUAGAAACACUCGAUCUCGAUCUCCCGAGUUUUUCGACACAUCGUAUCAACCAGAUUCCACAGUUGACUUUCUGGAUGUGCAAGGGUUGGAAGAUUUUGGCUCACCAAAUGCGUCUACAAGUCUAGACUGCAUUGAUGCUGCACUCAACUCGACGAACAACACACCAGCGAAUGUACCGCAAACCGCCGAAAGCUCAACAAGCACACCACAGACUCAAGCCCCGAAUCAUAUUCAAGCACUUACACCAACUACGAACGCAACACCUCUGACCCAUCCGAACCCGACAGAGCAGCCCUUGAUAUUACCCGGCAUGAACGCGCAACCACAAACACAUGACAGCCCGAGCGAUGCGUUCAGUUGCCUUGCGGACUUUGAGAACACCGUGGAAUCUAGCCGUUCGUCCACGACCCAGUCUACGAGCGACAGCGUCAGCACACCAUCGAGUCUGAAAAGCCUCACGCCCCCCUCAUCGAUUGCAAGCUCCCGCAGCUCGAACUUCCCCCAAGAUAAUACCAUAGAAUGCACGCCAUUGCUAAGUGCAGUGAUGCGCGGAAAUCUGGAGAUUGCGCGUCUUCUUAUCAAGAGCGGAGGUAAAGUGGACGGCAAGAACCGGUCUGGGAAGACCGCUCUACACUUGGCCGUGGAGAGGGGGGACACGGUAGCGACCAGAACAUUAUUGGAUCUCGGCGCCGAUAUCACCAUACCGGAUGACUCAGGAACAAGCGUCUUUCACAGAGCGAUUAUUCGCGACGACAUCGAACAACUACGAGGCUUGUUGAAGUGGUGCGACGAGAAAAGCCGAGCUUCGCCUUUCGAACAGCUUCUGAAGCGUUGCUUGAACAUGAGAGAUACCCAAAAGAAGACUUUGGUGCAUUUAGCAGUGGUCAUGGAGAGGAUGGAAAUACUGAAGUUGUUGCUAGAAUACGGCGCAGAUGUCAACGAGUGA